ACUUCUACUUGGUCUUCGACGCAGCGAGACAGUAUCAUCUCCCUUUUUCAGCGAGACAGUCAGAGCUUCCCUUAACUCUCUGACUUUCUCUCCGCUUCUUCUUCUUCUUCUUCUUCUCCUCCGCCCCGCCAGAAUGAGCACCGUCGUCCAGGGUUUCACCAAGUCACUUGCCAUGACCGUGCUCUCGGAGAUCGGCGACAAGACCUUCUUCGCCGCCGCGAUCCUUGCGAUGAGGCAUCCCAGGAGACUUGUUUUGUCAGGUUGCUUAGGAGCUCUUAUUGUGAUGACUAUACUUUCUGUUCUUGUUGGCUGGGCUGCUCCUAAUUUGCUCUCACGGACAUGGACUCAUCACAUAACAACAGUGUUGUUCUUUGGUUUUGGCCUAUGGUCUUUAUGGGAUGCUUUUAAAGGAGAAGGGGGGGAGGAUGAAUUUUCAGAAGUUGAAGCGGAAUUGGAUGCCAAGUCAGGAACGACCAAACAGAGUAAUAAGGAUAAUGAUGAAACGAAAAAGCAGGAUCGUUCAUUUUUCUUGCAAUUCUUUUCACCCAUUUUUCUAAAGGCCUUUUCUAUUACUUUUUUCGGUGAAUGGGGUGACAAGAGCCAGCUAGCUACUAUUGGUUUGGCUGCAGAGGAAAACCCAUUAGGUGUGGUUAUCGGUGGAAUCAUAGGGCAUGCUUUGUGUACCACUGCUGCUGUCAUUGGUGGAAAGAGCUUGGCAUCUCAGAUAUCUGAGAAAAUCGUUGCAUUAUCAGGUGGAGUUCUUUUCAUCGUUUUCGGGCUCCAAUCCUUCCUUUCAACAGUUGAGGUGUGAUACAUAGUCUGAUUAGUGGCCGGAAUGGAAGGCUGACUCAUUCAAUUAAUGAACCUCCAUCUACGCAUUCUUCGAGGGGUGUUUAAAACUUACAAGGAUAGCAUCUUUUAUUAUACAUGAGAGCAAUGUACUAAUCAGAAAAUGAACUGAUUCAAAGAGUUAUUGUUUACAAGAACAAGGCUGAUAUUGCACCCUGGCAUGGGUGGGAGCUACACUAUCUGUUGCAUGCAUGUUUAUCCAGACUAUAAUUUUAGAGCAUUUGAUCUGCAAUUUCAUGUAUUAUAAGCGCUCUGGAAAAGUAUUACAAGUGCACCCUAUUUAUAGUAAAGCAACUUUCUGAUGGAA